AUGUCGUCCGCCGGCAACGGCACGAAGCCUUCGAGGUCCGCCAUCGUGGCCGACAUGGCGAGCGGGCACCACCUUCUCACUAUCCACGGGUACUCCGGCACCAAGACCAUCCCCACCGGAGAGUGCACCAAGUCCCUCCCCUUCACCAUCGGCGGCCAUCGCUGGCGCAUCGACUACUACCCCAACGGCAAAAGAUCCGAGGUCGCGCAAUACAUAUCCCUCGGCUUAACCCUCGACGAAGAUGUCGCGACCGAGGUGAAGGCGAAGUGGAACAUCUGCCUCGCCGACGAGGAGGAGGAGGCGAAGCAAGUGGCGUCGCUGGCAUCGGAAUCGGUGUACAAAUUCCCCUCCCGGAGCUGCUCGCCGUACACGACCUUCGUCAAAAGGGAAAACCUGGAGAACUCCAAGCAUCUCAGGAAUGAUUCAUUCACCAUCCGGUGCGACAUCGUCGUCGUCCGCGGUUGCCGCGCACAGGAGCACGCAGCGGCCUUUGUCUCCGUGCCCCCGCGCAACCUGCGCCGGCAUCUGGGAGAGCUCCUCAAGACCGAGAAGGGCGCUGACGUGGUGUUCGAGGUCGGUGGCGAGACCGUCGCCGCGCACCGCUGCGUGCUUGCCGCUCGCUCCUCGGUCUUCAGCGCCGAGCUCUUUGGACCGAUGAAGGAGGGCAACGCCGCCUCUGGCAUUGUCGUGCGCGUGGAAGACAUGGAGGUGGUGGUGUUCAAGGCGUUGCUCCACUUCGCCUACACGGACUCGUUGCCGGAGAUGCAGAAGGAAGACGAAGACUUGACCUACCAGCAUCUGCUUGUUGCAGCGGACAGGUACAAUAUGGAGCGUCUGAAGCUGAUCUGCGAGGGGAAGCUGUGCGAGUACAUCGAUGUGGGCACGGUGGCGACCAUCUUGGCGCUAGCCGACCAGCACCAUUGUGAGGGGCUGAAGAAGGCUUGCUUGAACUUUCUAGCUGCUCCGGCAACUCUGAAGGCGGUCAUGGCCACCGAUGCCUUCCAGCAUCUGAGUCGGAGCUGCCAUUCUCUCAUGGUCGAGCUCAUGGCCAUGUCCUUGCAGAAUUAGCUGAGUGAUCAAUGCUGUGUGCUCUAGGCUUAUCA